AUGAGCCUGGUGCAACUCUGCCGCCCAACGGGAAAUGCUGGUUUCAGAGCGGGAACCAGCGGCCCAAAAAACCUCAGCGCGCUCGAAUCGUUCAAAAAUCGUGAAGGGCAAUACGAAGAAGCCCAGCUGGGGGCCUUGCGCUUGACUGCCCCCCUGGCUCGAUUCAUUAAUCGUUCUGUCUACAGAAUCAUCUGUUUCCUCGAGGCAGACUCGUUGCUAACGCUGCGAUGCCCCGAAUUCGGCUUUUGGCUCAAGGAGAAGGACGCGGCCAGUGCCGAGCGCCUUCUCACGACGCUGAUUUCCGAGUGGAGGACCGGUAGCCGAAGAAUCGUUUUCGGUAAAUGCGUUGCCGAGUCGAGCUAUAUUCCGGAAUUCAUGCGUGACGCAAUAGAUGGUGUAAUCACAGAAGGGGACAGGAAACUGCAGAUCGAGUUCUUCGAAGGCUGCGUCUAUCAAUUUCGGGAAAUUUCU